AUGGCUCCUGGAAAUGGCUCCUUUGUGACUGAAUUCAUUCUCAAGGGUUUAACAGACCGACCAGACCUGCAACUCAUGCUGUUCCUCCUAUUUCUAGUGAUGUAUGUGGUCUGUAUGUCAGGGAAUUUAAGUUUAAUCAUUUUAAUUGGACUGAAUUCACGCCUCCACACCCCCAUGUACUUCUUCCUCUUUAACUUGUCCAUCAUAGACAUAUGUUAUUCUUCUGUGUUUACACCCAAAAUGCUGAUUAACUUCCUGUCAGAGAAGAAUCUUAUCUCCUACACAGGAUGCAUGACCCAACUUUUUUUUUUCUGUUUUUUUGGCAUUUCUGAAUGCUAUGUGCUGACAUCAAUGGCCUAUGAUCGCUAUGUGGCCAUCUGUAACCCCCUCACAUACAAUGUUGUCAUGUCUCCUAAGGUGUGUUCCAGCCUUAUGCUGGCUUCCUACUUCAUGGCAUUGUCUGGUGACAUGGCCUUCACGCUCUGCAUGCUGAGACUGAGCUUCUGUGAUGCAAACACCAUCAACCAUUAUUUGUGCGACAUUGUUCCUCUACUCCAGCUUUCCUGCACAAGCACUUACGUCAAUAACCUGGUGAAUUUUGUUGUGGCAGGCAUGAACAUCAUUGUGCCCACUGUCACCAUCUUUGUGUCUUAUGGCUACAUCCUCUCCAGCAUCCUCCACAUCAGCUCCACAGGGGGCAGAGCCAAAGCCUUCAGCACCUGCAGCUCCCACAUCAUUGCUGUUUCUCUCUUCUUUGGAUCAGCUGCCUUUGUCUAUCUCAUACCGUCUUCUGAGGGGUCUAUGGAUCGGAGAAAAAUCUCCUCAGUCUUUUACACCAAUGUGGUUCCCAUGAUGAACCCCUUAAUUUAUAGCUUGAGGAAUAAAGAUGUUAAACUUGCUAUGAGAAAGUCUCUAGGUAGGAUGAAGUUUUGA